UACCAGGUCCCGAGCUCCAUAUCCCCGAAGACCAAGUUGUCUGGAUCAGAGUGUACAAUGACAUGAGCGACGCCAACCUAACCAUGCACUGGCAUGGCCUCGCCCAAGCAGCCGCGCCCUUCUCCGACGGCGCCCCCAUGGGCAGCCAGUGGCCGAUCCCGCCCAUGCAUUACUUUGACUACGAGCUCAAGACGCCUCUAGGAACGGCCGGCACGUACUUUUACCACUCGCACAUCGAUUUUCAGACGAGCACCGCAAACGGACCGCUGAUUGUCGACGACUCGGGCCCGCCGCCGUAUCCCGUCGACGGCGACCGCGUCAUCCACAUCCAGGAGCUGUUCGAGAAGUCGGACAAGGACAUCUCCGACGGCCUGCGCGCGGCGCCGUUCGUCUGGUCCGGCGAAACAGGCGGCUUCCUCAUCAACGGCAACACGAUAUCCAACUACCCCGUCGUCGAUCCCGCCUCGGCGAGACUGUCCGUCAUCGAAGUCGAUCCGGGCAAGACGUAUCGCUUCCGCUACGUCGGCGCGACGGGCCUGUCGUACGCGGCGCUGGCUUUUGAAAACCAUACGAAUAUCGAAAUCAUCGAGGCUGACGGCGAGUACACCAAGCCGUACUCGACGCCGCUGCUGCAGAUCGGGUCGGGCCAGCGCUUCAGCUCGCUGUUCAAGACCAAGACGUGCGCUGAACUGGCGUUGUUCAAAAAGCUCGACUUUUACUUGCAGAUGGAGUCCCGCGAUAGGCCGAGGAUUAUUGCUAGCUACGCUGUGCUGCGGUAUUCGAAUACCUGCAGUGCGCUGCAGCAUCGCCACUUAUACGGUCGUCAGGCCCCGACGACGACUCUGCCCAGCGAGAGGCCCAUUGAUCUGCCUCCGACGAUCGAGGGCUUCCUCGAUUACAAGCUGGAGCCGCUGGUUCCAAACGACGUUCCUUCGUCUGACGAGGUGAGUCGCCGCAUCUUUGUUUAUUCUCAGCAGCAGAUAGACAAAUACGUCUUCUGGACCGAUAACGGCGUGUCCUGGGCCGACGACAACGUCGACAGGGAGACCUACACCAUCAGCCCGUCCGAGCCCUACCUAGUAUCCCUAUACAAGAACACGUCCAAGUACUUGCCCGACUACGAUGCCUCGAUGGCCAACUAUGGCCUCAACCCAGAAACAAACACGUAUCCCGCCAAGCUCGGUGAAGUCAUCGAGAUCAUCUUCCAGCAAGUCGGUGCCCGCUCCGAUGACAGCAGGUUUGGAGGCGGCCUCGACACGCAUCCAUGGCACGCCCACGGUGACCACUUCUAUGACAUUGGCGGAGGACCCGGCGUGUACGAUCCCGAGGUGGCCCAGCAAAGACUUGAGGGCACGCACCCGGUCAGGCGAGACACGACGAUGCUGUUCCGGUACACGACGAAUGUGCAGCCGGACCAGCCGUGGGGAUGGCGGGCGUGGCGGCUGCGUGUGCAAAAUCCAGGCGUGUGGAUGAUGCAUUGCCAUACGCUGCAGCAUAUGAUUAUGGGCAUGCAGACGGUCUGGGUGUUUGGCGAUGCGGAAGAUAUUCUCAAAGUCAAGCAUCCAUAUGUGGAGGGAUACUUGGAGUAUGGCGGGAGUGUGAAUGGAAAUGCCACGCACCCUGCUGUGGCGGUACAUUAUUUCGAGACUGAUGAUGAAGACUGAUCAUUGUCAGUGAAUGAACUGGUAUAAAAGGAUGAUACUAGAUGAGAGUUAAUACACAUGUUAACCGAUGAGAACGCGGUACACUGGCAGCUCUGGAAAG